AUGGUCGAGUUGCGGUGCCAGAAAGGUGCCGUGACCACCAUUUGUGGCCGCAAAGUAUGUUUUGAGGAGCAUGCCAUUGUCUUAGAAUCGCCAUUCGUGGGCGUGGGUGGCCUUCCCUUUGCGUUUGAUCCUUGGUUCAACUAUCGAGCUGCAGAGUACUUGGCAGAGCAUGGCUUGUACAAGUUCCUACGAUGGUACGACUACGAGUCCUGGUAUCCCAUUGGGCGUCCAAUUGGGACAACGAUAUAUCCUGGCAUGCAAGUGACUGGAGUCGUCAUUCAGGAGGUGAUGAAGAAGAUUGGGGACUUCAAGAUCCAGACGCCAUCCGUACUCUUGGCAAUGAGACCGUUCAUCUCCUUCCUCAAGAGAAGUGGUUGGAGGUUUUUGCCGUCGAUCAAGCAGAGCUAUGAGUUCACUCCCAUGAGCUUGAAUGACAUUUGUUGCAUGAUUCCACCCUGGUUCGGAACCUAUGCGUCAGUCUUCACUGGUCUUUUGACCUACGAGAUCUCCAGAAGUGUGAAUGCCGGCGUGGCUGCAACUUUGAUUAUGGCCAUCAUCCCUGCACAUCUCAUGAGGUCCGUGGGUGGGGAGUUCGACAACGAAGCCGUGGCAGUCACUGCCAUUUGUUCCACGUUCUGGUUGUGGCUGCUGUGUGUGAGGACCCCCAAGCAUUGGCCAAUUAGCGUGCUCGCAGGUCUUUCGUACUUCUACAUGGUGGCGGCAUGGGGGGGCUACAUCUUUGUCAUCAACAUGGUAGGGCUCCAUGCAGCCUUGCUGGUGGCAUUUGGCCGUUUCAAUUCAGGGGUUCACAAAGCUUACACCAUUUUCUACAUAGUGGGGACUGCUGGAGCAAUGCAGGUUCCUGUCGUUGGGAUGCAACCUUUGCGUUCCGUGGAGCAGUUGGGUCCUUUGAUGGUGUUUAUCGGCUACCAAUUUCUCGCAUUCUGCGAUUGGCAAAGACGAAGGCGAAGCAUGGGCGCCUUUGAGUUUGCUUUCUUCCGAAUCAAGGUCAUGGCUUUGCUGGUGGUGGUCACGGCACUGGUUUGUGCUGCGCUGUAUCCAACCGGGUACUUUGGCCCCAUCUCUUCACGAAUACGUGGACUGUUUGUGAAGCACACGAAAACCGGAAAUCCUCUUGUGGACUCGGUGGCGGAGCACCAGCCAGCGAACCCUUCCAUGUAUGCAAGCUACUUGAACUUGCCGCUGGACUAUGUACUUUUGGGCGGGCUUGUUUGUCUCUGGCACCGGAACAACGGCUUUCUGCUGCUUUGCCUCUACGGCUUUGUUGCGCAGCACUUCUCAGGCAAAAUGUCUCGCCUUGUCUUGAUCUGCGGGCCGAUCGUUUCAGUGGCCUGUGGAAUUUGGUGUGGCUUUUUGGUGGAUCAGAUGAUUGAGCCUUUCCUUCUGCUGUUGGGCAAAAAAGGUUAUAGCCCGCCUGAGGAGGCCAAUGGCAAGAGACCACCUGAUAGUGGGAAGAAGGAGGAGAAAGUGGAGAAACCCGAGAAAGAGAAGGGCAAAGCGAAGGACGGAAGCGACCAAUUCUCCCGUUCCUCUCUUCAGGGAUCCGGGGUCGAAAUUGACUGGACCCUUGAGGAGUAUGAGGAGGACCAAAGGCCAGGUGGUGCCAACCAUUUGCUUCGCCUUCUCCAAGGCUAUGCCUACAAAUCCAUCCCUGAGGAGAAUCUGGCACGGCUCUCAGAUGAGCCAGGUUUGCUCGCCGAGGACAACAACCAUGCUAUGCUCGUGGGCCGUGCAAUUUUCUCCGUUCUGCUACUACUCUACGUGCACGACUCAGUUGACUUCGCUUCUGGUCAACAAGACAGCUUCUUGUGCACGACUCAGUCGACUCAAACAGAGUUCAAGGUGGUCUUCCUGAGCCCAUUGUCGGUGAAAGUUCCAACUUUCAUCCAGCACUGUGACCAGGUGGCAAGGUCCUUGUCAAACCCUCAAGUAGUCUUCAUGUCGCGAGACAAAAGAACAGGGCAGUCCUUUAUUGUGGACGACUACUUGAAAGGUUAUCAGUGGAUUGACGAGAACACGCCGAAGGACUCCCGUGUAAUGGCUUGGUGGGACUACGGCUAUCAAAUCACAGGCAUUGCUAAGAGGACGUCCAUUGCAGAUGGCAACACUUGGAAUCAUGAACACAUUGCAACCUUGGGCCGAACAUUGACAAGCAGUGAAAAGAAGGCUCACAAUGCCAUUCGCCACUUAGCGGACUAUGUCUUGGUUUGGGCUGGUGGCGGCGGUGAUGACUUGGCCAAAUCGCCUCACUUGGCCAGGAUCGGCAAUUCCGUCUUCCCGGAUCAUUGUGGUGAUGAUGACCCCAAGUGCAACAAGUUUAGUUUCUAUUCAGAUUAUUCUCCUACUCCAAUGAUGGCAAGCUCUCUCCUGUACAAACUUUGCCAGCACAAAGUCAGCCCUGGGGUGAAGGUGAAUGAGAAGCUCUUCAAGCAUGUUCACACCACCAAACACGGCUUGAUGCGAGUUUACCAAGUGAUGAAUGUCUCUCAAGAAAGCAAAGACUGGGUUCGGGAGCCUCAGAAUUAUGCUCAGAAUGAUUUUGACAGGGCGGGGGCGGUCAAGCAUAACAAAUUAAUCUAUUAAAUAUUACGUGCGCAAUGCAAUGGAAUGGAAUGAAAUGCAAACCUGCUAUGCUGACUCCAAGUUAGGCGAGAAGCCUUCCAAACAAGCCUUAGGUCUUGGCUAAAACAGCACACCAAAUGGCAGGUCUUGGAACCCGUUACAACUAUAAAAUCUAUAAACAAGAUGGAUGUUUCCUAAUGUUUUGUCAUUUAUUCAUUUUUAUUCCUUUUCGUUCUUUCUUUCUUUCUUUCUUUCUGUUUCGCAUCACAGUGUCAGAAACGCACGAAUUCAGUUGUCGAGUCGCUCACUUCGGGAACUUGGUGACGACUCGACAACUCUUCGCUGACUCCUUGAGGCACAACCACUUUAGGUCUCAAGAAGGAACGAUAAGGGGAACG